UGAAUGGCUAGAAGUUGUGAUGAUACAGAAGUACGGAAAGAAUUGACCAGUAAUGAGGUUGUCUAUAAACACAAGACCCAGUCAUUGCCAAUAUUAGACAGUAUGAUCCUGUUCCGGUGAUAAAAUUAACUGAAAACAUAUGUGUAGUCCCAGAAAAGUCUCGUCAAUGGGUGGUGGAGAAAGGAUUGAGGAGGAGAAGUGAAUUAACAGCCCUCGAAUUUGGAGGGUCAUGUGAAUUCAGCCUCAAUUCUCCAUAUUUAUAGGGUAGCUCAACAGGGGUGAGUAGUAGUAUUAAGUAGCCCUGGGCUUGGCCAAGAAGAAUUGGUAGGCAUGGCUAACUCUAGAUUUUUAAAAGAUAUAGGAUGCUUUCUUUUUCUCUCUUUUCUUUCUCUAUCUCCUGUAUCUUCAACACCUGACAAUGUUCCUAUAGCAACUGAAAAAGAUAUUGAUACAAAAGCAUUCGCCAAUGUGAGGCUUAAGAAUGCUUACACUGCCCUUCAAGCAUGGAAGAUGGCAAUAUUCUCCGAUCCGAAUAACAUGACUACCAAUUGGAUUGGUCCCAACGUAUGCACUUACAUGGGUGUGUUCUGUGAACAGGCCCUUGAUGAUGCUAGCUUGACAGUUGUUGCUGCCAUUGAUCUUAACAAGGGAGACAUCGCCGGACACCUUGUGCCACAGCUUGGCCUCUUGACUGAUAUGGUAGUUUUUCACAUCAAUACUAACCGUUUUUGCGGAAUCAUCCCAGAGGAAUUCUCAAAGUUGAUUAUCCUCCGUGAAUUUGAUGUGAGCAAUAAUCGUUUUGUUGGUACAUUUCCAGAAGUUUGUCUGAGGUUACCGGCCCUUGUCUACCUCGACCUUCGUUUUAACGAUUUUGAAGGGCCUUUGCCACCAAAGGUCUUUGAUGUACCCCUCGAUGCUUUGUUCGUAAACAACAAUCGCUUCACGUAUAACAUUCCAGAAAAUCUUGGCAAUUCCCCUGUUUCUGUGAUUGUAUUGGCCAACAAUAAUUUUACUGGUUGCAUUCCGAAAAGCAUUGGCAAUAUGACAAAAACAUUGAACGAAAUGAUUUUUAUGAAUAAUAACCUCACCGGCUGCUUGCCCGAAGAAAUUGGGAUGUUGUCAAACUUAAAUGUGUUCGACAUCAGCUUCAACAAUUUCAUCGGAUCAUUGCCUGUAGGCCUCUCCGGGUUAAAGAGCAUCAACAUGAUGGACGUUUCUCACAACAGAUUGGUAGGUUCUGUUCCUGAAUCUGUUUGCUCAUUGCCAAGUUUGGAGAACUUCACCUAUUCCUAUAACUUCUUUAAGGAAGAGAUGAAGGGUUGCCAACAAGCAAGAAAUGGUCUAAUACUCGAUCACAGUAUGAAUUGUUUACCUGAUGCAACAGACCAGAAAACUGUGGCAGAGUGCGCACCAGUGGUACAAGAAACAGUCAAUUGUGAGAGUUGCUGCAGAGGGAAUCCUGAUCAUGAAUCGCCUGUCCCUACACCUCCUAAAAUAACCUCACCAACUCCAACUCAACCAAUAUCUUCUACACCAUCCCCAUCUACACCUUCUACACCAUCCCCAUCUAUAUCAUAUCCGGAAGGAUCUUAUUUACAUUCACCAAGUCCGAAACCAACUCCGAGUCCAGCAACACCACAAGCUUCAACUCCACCAAGUCCGAAACCUACACCAUCCCCAUCUACGGUAUCCCCAUCUAUAUCUUAUCCGGAAGGAUCUUAUUCACCAACCCCAUCUCCAUCAAUAUCUUCUACACCUAUGACACCUAAACUCACCCCCAGUUCACCAACAUCACAAGUUUCACCUUCACCAAGUCCGAAACCUACACCAUCCCCAUCUACAGUAUCCCCAUCAAUAUCUUAUCCGGAUUCACCAACCCCAAUUGCACCAACCCCGUCUGCACCAAUAUCUUUUACACCUAUGACACCUAAACUCACCCCCAGUUCACCUUCACCAAGUCCUAAACCAACACCAUCCCCAUCUAUAGUUUAUCCAGAAGGAUCUUAUUUACAUCCACCAGGUCCGAAAACAACUCCAAGUACACCAACACCACAAGCUUCACCUGCACCAAGUCCGAAAUCUACACCAUCCCCAUCUACAGUAUCCCCAUCAAUAACUUAUCCGGAUUCACCAACCCCAAUUGCACCAACCCCAUCUGCACCUAUGACACCUAAACUCACCCCCAGUUCACCAACACCACAAGCUUCACCUCCACUAAGUCCGAAACUAACUCCGAGUCCACCAACACCACAAGCUUCAUCCCCACCAAGUCCCAAACUAACUCCGAGUCCACCACCACCAAAAGUUUCACCUUCACCAAGUCCGAAACCAACACCAUCCCCAUCUAUAGUUUAUCCAGAAGGAUCUUAUUUACAUCCACCAGGUCCGAAAUCAACUCCAAGUACACCAACACCACAAGCUUCACCUGCACCAAGUCCGAAACCUACACCAUCCCCAUCUACAGUAUCCCCAUCAAUAACUUAUCCAGAUUCCCCAACCCCAAUUGCACCAACCCCAUCUGCACCAAUAUCUUUUACACCUAUGACACCUAAACUCACCCCCAGUUCACCAACACCACAAGCUUCCCCUCCACUAAGUCCGAAACUUACUCCGAGUCCACCAACACCACAAGCUUCAUCCCCACCAAGUCCCAAACUAACUCCGAGUCCACCAACACCACAAGUUUCCCCAAGUCCGAAACCUACACCAUCCCCAUCUACAGUAUCCCCAUCAAUAACUUAUCCGGAUUCACCAACCCCAAUUGCACCAACCCCAUCUGCACCAAUAUCUUUUACACCUAUGACACCUAAACUCACCCCCAGUUCACCUUCACCAAGUCCAAAACCAACACCAUCCCCAUCUAUAGUUUAUCCAGAAGGAUCUUAUUUACAUCCACCAGGUCCGAAACCAACUCCAAGUACACCAACACCACAAGCUUCACCUGCACCAAGUCCAAAACCUACACCAUCCCCAUCUACAGUAUCCCCAUCAAUAUCUUAUCCGGAUUCACCAACCCCAAUUGCACCAACCCCAUCUGCACCAAUAUCUUUUACACCUAAACUCACCCCCAGUUCACCUUCACCAAGUCCGAAACCAACACCAUCCCCAUCUAUAGUUUAUCCAGAAGGAUCUUAUUUACAUCCACCAGGUCCGAAACCAACUCCAAGUACACCAACACCACAAGCUUCACCUGCACCAAGUCCGAAACCUACACCAUCCCCAUCUACAGUAUCCCCAUCAAUAACUUAUCCGGAUUCACCAACCCCAAUUGCACCAACCCCAUCUGCACCAAUAUCUUUUACACCUAAACUCACCCCCAGUUCACCUGCACCAAGUCCGAAACCUACACCAUCCCCAUCUAUAGUUUAUCCGGAAGGAUCUUAUUUACAUCCACCAACUCCUAAACCAACUCCAAGUACACCAACACCACAAGCUUCACCUGCACCAAGUCCGAAAUCAACUCCAAGUUCACCAACACCACAAACUUCACCUUCGCCAAUUCCUAACCCAUCUCUAACUGCUCCUAUGAUGCAACAACCUAAGACUCCGACACAUCCUAGCCCAACACCUCUAGUUUCUUCACCACCAUCACCUGUACAAUCCCCUCCACCCACAUCUCCACCUCCAAAAGUCACGCCACCAUCUAGUUCACCUCCACCAAGUCCAAAACUAACUCCGAGUCCACCAACACCACAAGUUUCACCUUCACCAAGUCCGAAACCUACACCAUCCCCAUCUAUAGUUUAUCCGGAAGGAUCUUAUUUACAUCCACCAAGUCCAAAACCAACUCUAAGUGCACCUAGUCCAUCACCUAGUUUAGUAUCUCCGGCCUACUCACUACCACCAUCCUCAUCACCUCAGCCAUCAAAGAGCACACCACCACCUUCUGAUGCCAAGCCUCCACCAAUGGUUCACUCUCCGCCUCCACCUGUAUUCUCUCCCCCACCACCCGCCAAGAGUACACCACCACCUACACCUAGUUUAGUGUCUCCAGCCCACUCACUACCACCAUCUUCAUCACCUCAACCAUCAAAGAGUACACCACCACCCAGUCCAAAACUAACUCUGAGUCCACCAACACCACAAGUUUCACCUUCACCAAGUCCGAAACCUACACCAUCCCCAUCUAUAGUUUAUCCGGAAGGAUCUUAUUUACAUCCACCAAGUCCGAAACCAACUCCAAGUGCACCUAGUCCAUCACCUAGUUUAGUAUCUCCGGCCUACUCACUACCACCAUCCUCAUCACCUCAGCCAUCAAAGAGUACACCACCACCUUCUGAUGCCAAGCCUCCACCAAUGGUUCACUCUCCGCCUCCACCUGUAUUCUCUCCCCCACCACCCGCCAAGAGUACACCACCACCUACACCUAGUUUAGUGUCUCCAGCCCACUCACUACCACCAUCUUCAUCACCUCAGCCAUCAAAGAGUACACCACCACCUUCUGAUGUCAAGCCUCCACCAAUAGUUCACUCUCCGCCUCCACCUGUUUUCUCUCCCCCACCGCCUGUCAAAAGUCCCCCACCACCAGCUCCCGUCCAUUCUCCCCCACCACCAGCUCCCGUCCACUCACCCCCACCGCCCGUCCAUUCACCCCCACCGCCAGCUCCCGUCCACUCACCCCCACCGCCCGUCCAUUCACCCCCACCGCCAGCUCCCGUCCACUCACCCCCACCGCCCGUCCAUUCACCCCCACCGCCAGCUCCCGUCCACUCACCCCCACCGCCCGUCCAUUCACCCCCACCGCCAGCUCCCGUCCACUCACCCCCACCGCCCGUCCACUCACCCCCACCGCCAGCUCCCGUCCACUCACCCCCACCGCCCGUCCCGUCACCCCCACCGCCAGCUCCCGUCCACUCACCCCCACCGCCAGCUCCCGUCCACUCACCCCCGCCAGCUCCUGUCCAUUCCCCCCCACCGCCCGCACCCGUGCAUUCCCCACCACCGGCUCCCGUGCAUUCCCCACCGCCGGCUCCGGUCCAUUCCCCACCACCGGCUCCCGUGCAUUCCCCACCGCCGGCUCCCGUGCGUUCGCCACCACCUGCUCCAGUCCAUUCACCACCACCUGCUCCAGUCCAUUCCCCGCCACCAGCACCAGUGGUCCAUUCGCCACCACCCGCUCCAUUACGUUCACCACCACCCGCCCCUGCACGUUCACCACCACCAGCGCCUGUUCAUGCUCCUCCUACUCCUGUUUCUUCACCACCACCAGCUGAAGACUUCAUCCUACCACCAAAUUUGGGAGCAUUGUACUCAUCACCACCACCACCACAGUUCGCGGGAUAUUAAGCAUUAUUUUAUGUUUUUAUACUCUUUUUAGUUUUAUCUCCAUUUGUAGUUCAGAAUGUCAAAUGCUCAAACACUUGUCAAGUGGGAAUAAAUCUUUGACAUCUUUUCUCUAAUUGUCUACAUAUUAAUAGUUUGUUGCUAUCUCUUGUAUGAAUAAUCCAUUUAAAUGUAAAGUUAGAGUAAUAAACUAGCUUGGUU